GACGUCCACCACAACACAAGACCCCUCCCCCGGUCUUCCCUUUGUCCUCGGGCGCGCGCAUCAGGCACCUCGACGCGAGGAUCGGAGUUGGCCCGCGCACCGCGCAGCUGAACCCAAGGAGACCCACGUCCACCGCGGCCUCGCCCGCUUAGGCGAGGCGACCCAAGAGAGGCAAUCCAUCCAUCCAUGGCGCCUCCGCUGUAAGGAGGGAGAAAAGGUAGGCAGGCGCCCAAAAGCGUCGCGCGGCCACGAGCCUAUUUUUACACGGCCGCCCGCGCGCCUCCGUGUAUACGUCGCGCUGGGGCGCGGGCGGGGGCGGUGCUCCGGCUCACCUCUCACCUCUUCCACUCCCAGCUCGUCCACCACCGCCUCGCGCGCCUCUGCACCGCGGGUCGUGCAUGGGCGGCGAGGGCGCCGCGUCAUGACGACGACGACGACGGCCAUGAACGCGGCGGCGGCCACGCAGCUCUGCGGCGGCCGACGGCGCAAGGCGGACACCGCAGCGGGGUCCGCCCCGCGGGCCGACCUGCGCUCGGCGCGCCUGCUCCGCCUCGCCGUCGUCACGAGGGUCCUCCGCCUCGUCAGGGACCACCUGCUCGCAUGCUCCUCCUGCGGCGGGGGCGGCGGGGGGCGGUACCGCCGGCUCGGCCCGCCAGCCCACGGCGGGAUCGUCCUGCCCCCGGUCGCUAGGGACGACGACGCCGCGCCAGGAGCGUCCCCUUACGAGGCGCCGGACGUCGACGACGUCGUCUGCCUCAAGGUCAGCCUGCUCGGCGAUUGCCAGAUCGGCAAGACCAGCUUCAUGGUUAAGUAUGUAGGGAAUGGGGAGGAGCAGAACGGCUUGCAGAUGACGGGCCUGAAUCUGAUGGACAAGACGUUGGCGGUUCAGGGAGCUAGGAUUGCCUACAGCAUCUGGGAUGUGGCAGGAGACAGGCAGUUCGUUGACCACGUCCCGAUCGCGUGCAAGGACGCCGUGGCGAUCUUGUACAUGUUCGAUCUCACGAGCCGGUGCACGCUUAAUAAUAUUAUAGAUUGGUACGAGAGGGCGAGGAAAUGGAAUAAGACGGCUAUUCCAAUCCUAAUCGGGACAAAGUUCGACGAUUUUGCUCAGCUUCCUCUUGAAAUGCAAUGGACCAUUGUUAACCAGGCCAGAGCAUACGCAAGAGCGAUGAAGGCGACCCUCUUCUUCUCGAGCACGACGCACAACAUCAACGUGAACAAGAUCUUCAAGUUCAUCACGGCCAAGCUCUUCAACCUGCCGUGGACGGUGGAGCGGAACCUCACCAUCGGCGAGCCCAUCAUAGACUUCUAACCGAACUAUGCUCACGAGCUUUCUCCUCCUCUCGGGCUGGCUCUUAUUCGAGCUCUGAUCCUGCUGGUCGCCUCCUGGCGCAUGAGCCAUGAGUGACCACGCCCGUCGUCCUCCUCCUCUUCCAGGCAAGACUCCUUUGUACAUAGGUGACAGCGCCCCUGCAUGCGCGUGUGAACUGCCGCAGGAGCGUGAGAGGGAAAACCACGAGGUGUGUGGUGUAACAUUCGUCAGUGUAUAGGAAUCCAUGUAAUAUAUGCCCCCUUUUUUUAACAGGUACUGCAGUGCAUGGUUGCAAGAGCCAUCACUUCGUUCAGGCUCAGCAUAAUGCUGGAUCACUUGGUUCAGAUUAACAAAGAAAUUUGCAGCUAGACUUCGGUUGCUGCACCUUUUA